GUCGUCCACAGUUAGGGCGACACACUCGCACUCGCGUAGUGAAUGAGUGUCGUGUUGCGUGCGUGACUCGCGACUUUUCUUCCUCCUCUCUAUGAGAGUGAAUUCUCGUCGAAUUCGUCUAAAGAAACUUGAAUCGACCGAGAGAUAUGGCGAGCUGCAGGCUCUUCGGCGUCCUCGUGCGCGGUUCCCGCGCCAACGUGACUUUCGCUUCGAGAUUGAGCACAGGUUUAUACCAACCCUUAAGAACACUAGCAACCGAGGCAAAUAGGAAACAUUUUAAAUGUAAAAUUGUGAACGAUGUGGCAGUCAUUAUCAUGGAUUCACCAGGAGCCAAGAUAAAUUCCUUGAAUAAAGAAGUAAUGACGGAAGUAGAAAAUUUGCUUACUGAAGUUCAAUCAAAUUCGCUUGUAAACUCAGCAGUUCUGAUUAGUGGGAAGGAAAGCAAUUUUAUAGCUGGCGCGGACAUCCCUAUGUUACAAGCUAUUCCAGAUGCGGAAAGCGGAUAUCAAUUAAUGAAAGAAGGUCACAGAAUUAUGGAUUUAAUAGCAAACAGUAAAAAACCAAUCGUUGCUGCUAUUCAUGGUUCAUGUCUCGGUGGAGGAUUGGAGGUCGCAUUAGCAUGUCAUUAUAGACUCGCCGUUAACGAUAAACAAACCAGAUUGGGAUUACCUGAAGUAAUGCUUGGGCUUCUUCCUGGUGGUGGUGGUACCCAACGUUUGCCCCAGUUGAUUCCUGUCCCCACUGCUCUAGAUUUGAUACUCACCGGUAAAACGGUUGACGCUAACAAGGCGAAAAAAUUCGGAAUAGUGGAUAUCGUGGUGAAUCGUCUCGGUCCGGGAAUCGGAACACCUGAAGAAAAUACAAUAAGAUACUUGGAAGAAACCGCAGUGAGGGCUGCACGGGAUCUUGCGAACGGAAAACUGAAAGUUGAACGUGGUCCAAAAUCUCUCAUGGACAAGAUAACGCAACAAGCUCUGUCUUUUAAUUUCGUCAAGGAUCUGAUGUUCAAAAAAGCAAAGGCUCAAGUGAUGAAAGCGACGGGUGGUUUAUAUCCUGCACCUCUUAAAAUCUUGGAAGUAGUGAGAACCGGGUUAGACAAAGGUCCAGUCGUCGGAUUCGAUGCCGAAGCUAGAGGAUUUGGUCAGCUAGCGGUUACACCGGAGUGUAAGGGCCUUACUAGCUUGUUCUUUGGUCAGACAGCUUGUAAGAAAAAUCGUUUCGGCUCGGCCAAGAGUGCAGCCAAAAAAAUUGCUGUAGUUGGCGCCGGCUUGAUGGGUGCGGGCAUCGUUCAAGUCAGCAUCGACAAAGGUUACGAUAUCGUUAUGAAGGAUACCAAUCAGUCUGGACUCUAUCGCGGUAUAAGCCAAAUUCAGAAAGGUUUAGACGGCGCUGUGAAGCGUAAACGAAUAUCCAGUGUGGAAAAGGACAAAUAUCUCUCGCGUCUCAACGCGACAUUAAAUUACGAUUCCUUCAAAGAUGCAGAUGUAGUGAUUGAAGCAGUAUUCGAGAACAUCGGCAUCAAGCACAAAGUUCUAAAGGAAAUUGAAUCUGUAGUGCCGAGUCACUGCGUCAUCGCGACUAACACGUCCGCGAUUCCCAUUACAAAGAUCGCUGCCGGUAGCAGUCGUCCUGAUAAAGUGAUUGGCAUGCAUUAUUUCUCUCCUGUUGACAAAAUGCAAUUGCUAGAAAUUAUAACGCACAAAGGAACGGCUGAAGAAACUAUCAGGACUGCCGUGGACGUCGGACUGAAGCAAGGCAAAACUGUUAUCACGGUCGGUGACGGUCCCGGAUUCUACACUACAAGAAUACUUUCCGCUAUGUUGUCAGAAGCGAUUAGACUGAUGCAAGAAGGCGUAGAUCCAAUGCACUUGGAUAAGCUGACGAAGACAUUCGGUUUUCCUGUUGGCGCGGCUACUUUGUCCGACGAAGUCGGCAUCGAUGUGGGUGCUCACAUCAGCGUCGACCUUGACAAAGCUUUCGGCGAGCGUUUUAGAGGGGGAGACGUGAAUAUUCUUAGCGAUUUGGUCAAAGCCGGUUUCCUUGGACGCAAAUCCGGCAAAGGUAUAUUCGUGUAUGAAACCGGCUCUAAGAAUAGAGAAGUAAAUAUCGGUGCGUUAGAUAUCUUGAAGAAAUACACACUCGAGCCUAAAGGUAGUACAUCCGAUGAGGAUCGUCAGCUGAGAUUGGUCUCGCGAUUUGUCAACGAAGCGGUGCUUUGCUUGCAAGAAAAUAUUCUAGAUAAUCCCUUGGAGGGCAACGUAGGAGCUGUGUUUGGCUUGGGUUUUCCACCCUUCACGGGUGGUCCGUUCCGUUGGGUGGACGCAUACGGCGCUCAUCGACUCGUCAAAAAGAUGGAGGAAUUUCAAAGUCAUUACGGCGAGAAUUUCAGACCAUGUCAACUAUUACUCGACAUGGCGGCCGAUUCUACACGAAAAUUCCACACACAAUAAAAAUUUUAUAAGAAUUUAUAAUGGCAUCAAUUAACAUUCUCGCGAGAGCUGGACUAGCUUAAGCUAACUGGCUUCAGAACGAGAUAAGUACUUGAGAUGUGAGAAUUGUCUCUCUGUUGUCACAUGCAACUCAAUUUAUGACUUGCAUAUGUUAUACCUCGUUUAUACCAACCUUUUUACACCUAGAAUAACAAAAAUAUUUUUGUUUUUCCUUAAAGAGAAUAUCUGACAGAAUAUUUUUAGUAUAUUUUUUUGUUAUUACAUAUAUCGUGAAAUAAAUUUAAAUAAUAUUUACACAUUUAAUAUAAAUAUUAUACAAAUAUUUGAAAAUAUGAAAAUAUAUAUGAAUGAUACAUGAAAGAAAUAAUUAAGAUCUUUAGGAGAAAAUAUUAAAAAAUAAUGUAUUUUGACAUGUAUUUGAUACGAUUUCAUUCACGCGAGUUAUAACAUGAUGUAAUUUCUCGUAUAAAUUGGUUGGGAGGAGUUAAUGCGUGCCACGCGUAAUGUAGAGAGAGACUGUUGCGACUUUUGAAGUAUAUUUUUGGAUUUGGAAUUUACACAACCCAUUCAGCGACUUUCUGCGAACACAUUGUAGAUAGAGUUGUGCAUUUAUCAUUAUCGAGAGUUUAUAUACCGAAAUACCGUUUGUGGUGUUUUUAUAACACGCGUUAUAAAUUAUAAAAAAGCCACACAUAUACAAUUGUACAUUUUUAUUUUUGCAACAUUUAUCAGAAAUAAAGAGUUUAUAUUAAAUUUCA